AUGUUGUCUGAUAAAAUCUUGGAUGAAGUUCUCCCAAGUAUUCCAAAAGAUAUAACCACUGAAAUAAUAAAACUAUUAGUUCAGUGUCCUGGCCAACUUCCUAAAAGGUCCAAUAUAGUAGAUUUCCUUAAUGAAAACCCUCCUGUAAAAAUACCGUUUGCCUCUAUUCAUUUUUUCCAACUUAAAACUGGAGGACAAUUAAUUUACCCUCCCUCGUAUGGAAAAAAUGAAGAUUCCUAUCAUGGUCUGUGGGAUAGUAUUAUUAAAAAUACGAUAGAGGUAUUUGGAAAACAUAAUGCUAGCUUGCCAUUAUUGGAAUUUGAUCGUAAUACUAGCAAAAAAACCACAACUGGUUGCAACCACCCAGAUAUGGUUGUGAAAGUAAGAAAUAUUUGUCUUUUUCGAGGUGAAGAAAAGUGCCCAGAAGGCGUGGGAGAUCCUUCGAAAGAGUUAACCGAAAAAAUCAAAGGUUGGAAAUAUGGAGAUGCGCCAUACAUUUUCGGAUAUUAUGCUAUUGAAACUUUUAUUACAUUUGUCACAAUGCACAAGCCUAUAACUAAAUCAAAUAAUAAGAGAAAGCAAAGUGUUUAUUCUAAGCGAAUUGCAAAGUUUGAUUUGGGACGUUUGUCUGAUAGAAUUCGCAUUAUAAAUUUUCUUCGAAAUGUCUGUCGAAUAUUACCUAUUAUAGCGAAUCUAUGCCUUCAAAGAGAUUAA